AUGAUCGUCUACAUGGGCAUCCAGUGCUACUGGCUUCUGGAGCGAUACUACAGCUACCCAAUGGAGGUUAAACUGGACUUAAAGGCAUCCAGGGUCUUGGACUUUCCUAGUGUAACCAUAUGUAAUCUCAACCCUAUAAGACUGGACAGUGUGAAGCAAGAUCCAUACAGACCGUUGGAGACGUUCGCCAGCCCAAACUUGUUUGAUAUGCUCUACCAGGCCACAGUGGACAACUGGAACCAUCCAGGUCAGUGCCAGAAAGACCAGAUCAUGUGUCACGGAGGGAGAUGUUUGCACGCCAGCAGUCGCUGUAAUGGGAAAGCCGACUGUCCGAACGGAGAUGACGAGAUCGACUGUGACAGCGACUCACACAAUAGUUCUCCAUCGGCAACAUCGCCUGGGACAUCUUCAAAUACAUCGCCUACGUCCCAGGAGGAAACAUCAACAUCUAGUUUAUCUCCAUCAACAACAGCUAAAUCCAGAAUAAAACGAGAGGCCAUUUCUCGCUGUCUGAUGGAUGAAGUAGACGACAUCUUUUCAAAGGUAUCACUCCACAGAUCCAAACGCCAGGGUCGGCCCGCGGUGGACUAUCCCACAAGCAGGAGCGACUUAAAUGUCAACAUGGAAGACAUAGUUCAAAAUUCGACUUUCAAUAAAUGGGCAAUUCUAUCAAAAUUGUCUCCACAAUCUAGGUUCUAUGAAGAGAGAGAUGACGAGUACGAUGCUGCAAUGACGUACGCCUAUAUCACUUCAAAACUGAACAAGUCUGUGGUGGAAAUGUCCGGACAUAGAAAGGAAAACUUCAUAGCCUCUUGUGAUUAUGCUGGAUAUCAGUGCUCCCCGGACAAUUUCACAUAUUUUCACAACCCGAAGUUUGGGAAUUGUUACAUUUUUAACUGGCAGUCCCCGAAUAACACAACUCUGGAAACCAGAUUCCCGGGACCAGAGCACGGUUUGCGGCUUGAACUGUUUUUGGAUCAAAGAAACUAUGUGGCCAAUUUGGCAACAGAAGCCGGCGUUAGAGUACUUAUCCACAAGAAAGGCUCCAUGCCAUUUCCAGAAGAUGAAGGUGUGUCAGUCAUGCCUGGUAGAUCGACAUCAAUAGGAAUGAAGCAGGUCUCCUAUACAAGGCUACCACCUCCUCACGGCGUCUGUGGAGACAGGGAAAAAACUACUGACUACUACAAUACCUGCUACAACACUGAAUACAGCAAACUCAUCCAGUUCUGUAAUUGUGCAGUCCCGUUCUACUAUGUCACUGAGGACAUGAAUGUCUGCAACAUGACCGACAUAAAUAUUG